AGUCGGUGAGUGAGCGCGAGGGACACUCAGGCAGGUGGGGAAGCCCGAGGCGGCGGCGGCGGCGGCGGCGGAGGAGGGCAGCGAGGCGCCACCCGGGAGUGGUAGACUGAUGCUGGUCCUGGCAGGCUUGGCUUGGGAAGAUCUGUGUGGCGAACUGGAGAAUUUUCCAGGCCACCUGGGGUCCGGAUUCGUUUCAGCAGACUCCCGCAGUUGCCCCUGCUCUGUGUCCACCUCUGUGCUGGCUGUAGGAUCUCAGAUGAGCCAGGCUCCAUUUCGUGGUGUUCUGGGAGCACUGACUCUGUCGGGGAGAUGGUGGAGGAGUCGCAGAAGUCUUGAUUUGAGCCUGAAAGCAAACCCCUAGCUGGAAACGUGAAUGUAACCUGUACAAAGUCUAAGAUUGUGACCAUGGCUGCUGAGUCUGAUGUGCUACACUUCCAGUUUGAACAGCAAGGAGAUGUAGUCUUGCAGAAAAUGAAUCUCUUGAGACAGCAGAAUUUGUUUUGUGAUGUGUCAAUUUAUAUUAACGACACUGAGUUCCAAGGGCACAAGGUGAUUUUAGCUGCUUGCUCCACUUUCAUGAGAGAUCAGUUUUUACUCACGCAGUCAAAACAUGUCAGAAUCUCCAUCUUGCAGAGUGCAGAAGUUGGCAGAAAAUUAUUGCUCUCUUGCUAUACUGGAGCACUUGAAGUCAAAAGGAAAGAGCUUUUGAAAUAUUUGACUGCUGCUAGUUACCUUCAGAUGGUUCACAUUGUGGAAAAGUGCACGGAAGCCUUGUCAAAGUAUCUGGAAAUUGAUCUUUCUUUGAAAAAUAACAAUCAAUAUGGUGACCUGUGUCAGUCCUCUGAUCCAGAUGUUAAAAAUGAAGAAGAAAAUUCAGAUAAAGACUGUGAGAUAAUUGAAAUUUCAGAAGAUAGUCCUGUAAACAUAGAUUUCCGCGUCAAAGAAGAGGAAAGCAAUGCUUUACAGUCUACAGUGGAGAGCUUGACAUCAGAGAGAGAGGAAGUGAAAUCACCAGAGCUGUCUUCUGUAGACCUAGGUUUUAAAGACAAUGAAAUUCGUAUCCUCCAUGUGGAAUCUAUCAGUACUGGGGAUGUAGAAAAUGGGAAGUUUUCACAGCCUUGUACCUCUUCAAAAGCAGGCAUGUAUUUCUCCGAAACACAGCAUUCACUGAUCAAUUCUACGGUUGAGAGCAGGGUGGCAGAAGUUCCUGGGAAUCAAGAUCAGGGCUUAUUUUGUGAGAAUCCUGAAGGAAGUCAUGGUCCAGUGAAUGAGAUUCAGAAUCUAGAGGAGGUUUAUUCACUGAGGCACCAGUGCCCCCGGUGCCCUCGAGUGUUUCUUCAUGUUGAAAACUAUCUGCGCCACCUUAAAAUACAUAAACUGUUCCUAUGCUUACAGUGUGGGAAAACAUUUACACAAAAGAAGAAUCUCAACCGGCACAUUCGAGGGCACAUGGGCAUACGGCCCUUUCAGUGCACUGUAUGCUUGAAGACAUUUACUGCUAAAAGCACACUUCAGGACCACCUGAACAUACACAGUGGGGAUCGGCCCUACAAAUGCCACUGUUGUGACAUGGAUUUCAAGCACAAGUCUGCCCUCAAAAAGCACUUAACCUCUGUCCAUGGCAGAAGCAGUGCUGAAAAACUACCCAGGCAUGAUCUGGAAAGGCAAAAUCUGCUAUAAUUAGAAUCACACCUUGCUAUGUAAGCCUUAGACCGUUUAGGCAAGUCUUUCUAUUAGAAAUGCAGCAUCUCUAAUACUGCAUUUCCACCCCCAUCUUUGGGUCUUAGUUUUGGUCUCCCUACACAUGUACUACCAGUUCCAAAGUGUAGGAGACAGGAUAAAGUGAUGGGAUGCUAUCUCAUUUCAUACAUGUAUAAGUCUGAGUGCUAUACCUAGAGAAAUAAUGUUCCUCUUAAAUAUUCUUAAUUCAUGACAGAGGAGCCAGCAGUAUUUCCAGAUUCUGAUCUUGAGCCUCUAGAUAAUUGAUAUAAAUGUGAAAUUCCAACCAAACAAUAACUUUAACAAAUUAGGAAAAUGGGGAGAGAAAAUAAAUUUUAAAUCAUACCAUUAUCCGUUAUUAGUCACUUAAAGAACAGAAUGGACUAGUGAAUUUUUUUUUAAUCAACUGUGUUGGAUUCUAAACACCAAGAUAUCUAUGUGUUUUAAACUGUAAAGGAACACAGUUCAAAUUCACUUGGAAGUAGUAGAAUUUCCUUAUACAUAAGCUAAUAUUCCUUAUAAUAUUUCCAUGAGUUGUUAGUAUACAUAUUUUAUUUCAUUUUUUUAUUUUCUUUUUUUUCCUUUUUUUUUGGGGGGUGGGGGGCUGCACCCGUGGCAUAUGGAGAUUCCCAGGCUAGGGGUUCAAAGGGAGCUACAGCUGUCAGCCUACACCACAGCCACAGCAAUGCAGGAUCUGAGCCAUGUCUGCAACCUACACCACAGAUCACGGCAGCGCCAGAUCCUUAACCCACUGAGUGAGGCCAGGAAUUGAACCUACAACCUCAUGGUUCCUAGUAGGAUUCGUUAACCACUGAGCCACAACAGGAACUUGUUAGUGUACAUAUUUUAGAAAAGAUUAAUUGGGCCCAGGUUUCUUGAUUUUAUUUGAUACGGUUAUACUUAAUAAUUUUGUGGCCAGUAGAAUUAUACCAUUGGCAUGAAGCUCUAAGAUAUUUGCUCUGUUUCCUUUUUGGAAUUUAUUUCAUUUUUUGUUAACCUACAAUAAAAUUGACCUUUAUUUUUGGUGUACAGUUCUGUGAAUUUUAACAUAUGUACAGAUUUAUGCAACCACCGCUGCAAUCAGGAAGCAGAACAUUCUAUCACCCUCCAAACUGCUUUAUGCUUACCCUUUGUGGUCAGCUCCUCCUCCUAGUACUAAAUCCUGGCAACAGUUCCCCAUCACUAUAAUUUUGUCUUUUCUGAAAUAUCAUAAAUGGGAAUUCACUGGUGGCUCAGGAGUUUAAGGUUCCAGUGUUGUCACUGCUGUGGCUCGGGGUUGAUCCCUGGCCCCAGAACUUCUGCAUGCCGUAUGCACGGUCAAAAAAAAAGGUGAAUUAUCAUAAAUGGAAUCUUAUAGUAUGUUCCUUUUUGAGAUUCUUUUUUCACUCAGCUUAAGGCGUUUGAGAUUCAUCCCUGUUGUGUGUAUCAGUACUUCAUUUUUUAAUCCUGAGUUGGCCAUAUAUAUAUUAAUUUUCCUUCUGUCACUAAAUGAACAGUUUAAACAUGGAUAGCUAUUAGUGUUCUCUUAAUAAGUUUUCAUUUAAUGUGAUUUUUCUUUACUAUGUGUUGACAAAACUCCUAUCCCUCCCUAGAGUUUUAUUCUGUAUUUCCAGAAAUGUGCCAAAAGCAAAACCAUCAUUGUGUAAUUUUACUGAGAAUAAUAUUUCAGAUUGUGUUAUGAGCCAUUGCUCUCUAAUAUCUGUGUCCACAUAUAACAACAUUUUUUGUGUUGUUAUAACAAAGGCUAAAAUAUAUUUCAGGACAAAUUCAUAUUUUCUAAAACACAGGAACUACUUUUAGUUAAAAAGCCUGACUGGAUACAUCUUAUUUCAAGAUGUUCUGUUCCUCCUCUACGCACCUCAGCUUUAUUUAGAAUUUAUGCUAUGUUUAGUUUCUGUGGAAGCCCUUCUGCAUUUUAAAAUGUAAUAUACUUUGUAUCAUUUAUAUGAAUUUUGUGAUGAAUCACGUGUCAAUUGAUAUAAAUGUUAAAUACCCUCUUUGUGAUACUUCUGUGAAAAAUAUAUUCUUUAUAGUUUUUUUAACUAUGAAAGAGACUUUAAAAAAAUCCAGCUCUCAUAUUUGAUAAAGCAACUUCGUAACUCCCAGGUCACUAGUUAGUGACAUGGGGUGGGUCAUCUCUCCUUGAGCUUUUCUUAAAUAUGUAUGUAAAAGAACAACAGCUUUGAUUUUUUUUAAACUUUUUUUUUUUUUUUUGUCUUUUUUUGUCUUUCUGCUGCUGUUGUUGUUGUUGCGAUUUCUUGGGCCGCUCGCGCGGCAUAUGGAGGUUCCCAGGCUAGGGGUUGAAUCGGAGCUGUAGCCACCGGCCUACGCCAGAGCCACAGCAACGCGGGAUCCGAGCCGCGUCUGCGACCUACACCACAGCUCACGGCAACGCCGGAUCGUUAACCCGCUGAGCAAGGGCAGGGACCGAACCCGCAACCUCAUGGUUCCUAGUCGGAUUCGUUAACCACUGCGCCACAACGGGAACUCCCAGCUUUGAUUUUGAUAAUUUGUAAGAUCAUUUCCAAGUCUAAAAUCCUCUUCAUUUUAUAUUUAAACCUGAGUUCCUAAGAACAGAGAAAGAGGGAGAAGCAAGAGGAGAGUUCUGUGUCUUUAUGAAUGUUGUUAUGUGGGUACUCCAUUGGAGACAGAAUUUUUCUAAAUUGAGUAGUGUUCUUCCCCUGGAAAACAUUGAUAGCACAGUGCUCAAUUUUCUUUCCCUUUUGACCUAUGAUUGUCCAUUUAUGGACAUAAGAACAUUUCCCUUUCAGAAAUAGUUUGUGAUUUUAGUACUUUUCUUAUUUUUGCUUCCUAGGAUGAAAUUUUGUGGGGGAGUGAAGGAAGUGGGAGGGGAGAAUAAAAGAAUAAUGAACUUUUUUUGGGGGGGGAUUGGUAUUGACUACCUUUGAUGUUUGAAAAAAAGUAUGGUUGUACUAUGUUUAUGUUUUAUGUGUGCCUUGUCAGAUUCUUGUGAAAUUUUUUGUAAGCACUUUGAGAUUUUUGCUUGGGGGGAAGGGGUGUUUUGUGAAAGUGGUGGUUGUUAUUUAUUAUUAUUUAUUCCUGCUCACUAGCACAGAGUGAUCGCAAAACAUUCCUAGGAGAGUGUCUGUUUGCAUGAUGUGUCUAAACAGUUUCAGGAAAAUGAAAUAUUUUUUAAAAUGCAGGUUUUGGCAAAGUAAGUAUUGAAUUUAUGCAUUUAAAACAUUCACUUUUAGUCGUUUGUGUUUCUAAUACGAUGGGAGAAAAUGCAGUGUGUUUUGGUUCAGCUUCUUUAUUUACUGGGUUUAUGUAUAAAAGAUUUUGGAAAGACAUUUGUUACUUUGGUGUAAGAGAAAAUCUUUGCCCCCUUUCCCUGAAUGUAACUAUCUUAUAUGUUUACAUAAGAAAUAAUAAACUGGAGAUGGGAAUGGA